AUGCAUCUCUUCAAUACUCUUUUGAUAUCUUUUACCGGCGCUGUCGUCGUUCAAGGCCACAAUCUUCCCUUGAAACACGGCUACACCAAUAUUUCAGACCAUUCCGGCGUCUCGGAUUAUGAGAUUUUGAACUUCGCGCUCACCUUAGAGCAUCUCGAGAACGUCUUUUAUACCACGGGUCUACAGAACUUUAGCCAGCAGGACUUCCUCAGCGCCGGUUUUGCAGCACCAGUGCGCGGCUUCUACGAACAACUUUCGGAGCACGAGCAGACCCAUGUCGAUAAUCUGACCAGUGUACUUGGAUCUCAAGCUGUAGCGGCAUGCACGUACGAUUAUGGUGUGGCGGAUGUUAAGAGUUUCGUCGACUUGAGUGAUAUGCUCGAAGCGAUUGGUGCUUCGGCCUAUAGCGGUGCGGCGAAGUAUCUCCACAACGCUUAUUUUCUCCUUGUGGCAGCUUCCAUCCUCGCUACUGAGGCUCGUCAAUCCACUUGGAUUCAGAACACCGUCAGGAAGGGGAACCCCUGGUCGACUGCCUACGAGACGCCACUCGACCUCAACCAAGUUUUCACCCUUGCCUCAGGGAUCAUAGUCUCCUGUCCAUCUACCAACAAUCCUCUCCCCGUAUCCGCAUUCCCUCCUCUCACCGUCACCUCAGCCACGGCCGGUGCGAACGCAAGCAGCAUCGUCCCCGGCUCUACCAUCACCCUCAACUUCACGCUUCCUUCCUCUUCCUACUAUGCAAACGGCGAGCAACUCUACGCCACAUUCCUUACCGGCCUCGACGAGAUCUUUGUUCCUCUUGAAGGUUCUUCUACACCCUACACUGUGAGUAUUCCGGAGGAACUGAGAGGCUUCGUGUUCUUGGUGAUUACGGACACCGCGGAGAAAUCGGACGACACAGCGACGGUGGCGGGUCCUGCGAUGUUCAAUUUCUCUUUUGAUAGUAACAAUACUAUCGUUUCUCUUUCUCAGUAA